UGUUGAAUCACCUUGACAGUCCAGCUGGCACUCGGGGUUGACCCGGAUGAGCUCAUUGCUGGACCCCACCGUGGACGAGUAUACUCACGGCGUCGCAUGCCACUUCUCGACACUGCGCAAUCCGACGGUGCUGGACCGGUUAAAGCUUGGCGCCGGCAAGGCUAACUCGAGCCUGAGCGUGCAGAUCAACACGGGAACGAUCAACGUCAGCUCCGCGCAGCGACCGACCACCCAGUUCGCUGCGUGCGACGUCCACAUUCGACUGCACGGCAAGAAAGACGUGUAUUUACUGCUGGGCAAUGGCGUGGCCGUCCCGUACGCGUUCGAAAGCAGGUUGUUUGCGGUCGAGUUCAUGGGCGCCGUGCACCUGGUGCAGCACAUCGAGGCGCUCAAGACGGCGACACCGCUGCCGUCUGCCGCUUUCGACGCGAUGCUCAAGGAACAGAUGAAGUGCACGAUGGAGUUCGCUCGGGAGAUGUGGAGUUUAGCUAUGUGGAGCCAACUGUACCCGUACUCGGGGCUCGUGGAGGGCCUCGGUCAAGCGGUGGACCUGCUCCAGCGCAACCAGCUGCUGCAACUGGCCGACUUGCUGCACGCAGUGUACCUGCAGUUCCACUCGCUCACGGCGAUCAAUAAAGUCGCAGACGCCAACCAUCCCGUGUACUACCGCGCAUCUCAUAUGACGCUCUUGGUGGCCAAAGUCAAAGCGCUGCAGUUGCACACCGCCUUGUACUUGGAGAAAUCGUAG